GGUGUCUUCCUGGCGGACAUUUUGAUUCCUCUCAAGUCUGUGGAGCAGGACGGAAGGUCUGAGCGUGCAGCGUUGGGAGGCCUGUUGCAGGCCGAGAGAGCGCAAGGGGCGUCUUCGAAGGCACCGCAUAGGGGACGGCGUAAGAGCUGGGGACACUGCCGCCUGCAGGGUGUGUCCGCGCCAAGUCCGACCUGACGAGGUGGAGGGUCGCCGCACCGCUCUGUGGAAAGAAGCUCUGAUGGCGGUGCCUGCCCUGAAGGACCCCGGUCAGAGCCAUGUGACCUUUGAGGAUGUGGCCGUGUACUUCUCCCAGGAAGAAUGGUGUCUUCUUGAUGAGGCUCAGAUACAACUGUACCUUGAUGUCAUGUUGGAAAACUUUGCACUUGUAUGCAUGCUGGGUUCUUGGCCUGGAGUUGGGGAUGAAGAGAUACCUUUUGAACAGAGCAAAUCUGCAGGAGUGUCACAGAUUGGGAGUCCCAGGACAGAUUCAUCUGCUGAGAAGGUCCAGCCCUGUAAGAUAUGCAUCCUGGUCUUGAGAAACAUUUUGCACUUGACUGAAGAGCAGGGAACAAAUAGUGGACAGAAAGCAAACACAUGUGGGGCACAUGGAAAACGGUUCUGUUUCACUGCAGACAUUCAGCAGCACCAGAAGCAGCACACGAGAGAGACUCUUUUACAAUAUAUUAUGGGGAAACUCUCAUUUUUGAAGAGCUGCACAAUUCAUGCAUCAGGAAGUCUCUCCCCAUACAAUGAGAUUGAGAAGGAAUUCGUGGCCAACCUUGGAGUUCAGCCACAGGCCAAAAACACCAGGAAUCAACAAAACAACAGUAAGGAGUGUGAAGUUGUUUUUCACAGUGGAAAAAGUCAUCAGCGCUCGGGAGAAGGCAAGAAAGCCUCCAGCCGCACAGACAUACUUGUUCAAGAUGAGAGAAUCCUCACUAGUGAACAGUCUUGUGAGUUCAAAGGCGGCACUCACCAAAGUAACCAUGUUCAGCACCAGAAAGGUCACAUUAGAGAAAGGUCUUCUGAGUGCACUGAAUGUGGGAAAUCCUUUGGCCAAAGAAAGUAUCUCAGGAUUCAUAGGCGAAUCCACACUGGAGAAAGGCCUUAUCAGUGCAAGGAAUGUGAUAAAUCUUUUACCUAUAAGAACCGUUUCGUUGGACAUCAGAGAAUUCAUACCGGAGAAAGGCCAUAUGAAUGCACUCAAUGUGGAAAAUGUUUUACCCAUCAAUCCUCUUUCUAUGUACAUCAAAGAAUUCACACUGGAGAAAGGCCUUAUAAGUGCAAUGAAUGUGGGAAAUCUUUUAUCAACAACUCCAAUUUCCAUAGACAUCAGAGAAUUCACAAAGGAGAAAGGCCUUAUACCUGUAAUGUAUGUGGGAAAUCUUUUAUAACUCUGGCUGGCAUCCGAUAUCAUCAGAAAGUUCACAACAGGGAAGUGCUGUAUAAAGGCAGUGACUGUGGGACAUCCUUUAAUCAAAUGCACCACCUCAGUUCCAGUAGGAAAAUCCACACUGGAAAAAAGCCCUAUGAGUGCAGUGAAUGUGGGAAAUCUUUUACUGCUAGCUCUAGCCUUUGGUAUCAUCAGAGAAUUCACAGUGGAGAAAGGCCUCAUGAGUGCAGUGAAUGUGGGAAAUCUUUCAUUGUUAGGUUGAGCCUUCGCAAUCAUCAGAGAGUUCAUACUGAAGAAAGGCCUUAUAAGUGCAGUGAAUGUGGAAAAUGUUUUACUAGCAGUUCGAGCCUUCUUCGUCAUCAGAGAGUUCACAACGGAGAAAGGCCUUAUGAGUGCAGUGAAUGUGGGAAAUCUUUUACUGCUAGCUAUGGCCUUCGGUAUCACCAGAGAGUUCACAGUGGAGAAAAACCUUAUGAGUGCAGUGAAUGUGGGAAAUCUUUUACUGCUAGCUCUAGCCUUCGGUAUCACCAGAGAGUUCACAGUGGAGAAAAACCUUAUGAGUGCAGUGAAUGUGGGAAAUCUUUUACUGCUAGCUAUGGCCUUCAGUAUCAUCAAAGAGUUCACCAUUGAGAAAACCUUUAUGAGUUCAGUGAAUGCAGGAAGUCUUUUAUUAAUAAGUUCAGUCUUCUUAAUCAUCAGAGAAUUCACACUGGAGAAAGGCCUUUUGAGUGCAGUGAAUGUGGGGAAUCUUAAUAGUAGAUCAGGUCUAUUUGGUUAUCGAGAGUUCACACUGGAGAAGGGGCCUCACGAAUGCAGCUAAUGAGGAGAGCACUAGCGUUGGAGUUGGGAUAGUAACGGCGUGGGAGGACAUAAGUACAGUCACCAGGCAGCAAAUGGACCAUUUCUAGGGAGGGAUUUGAGGCACAGAGGGUGUGUUUUCUAAUUAUCUCCCAGCAAUGGACAGGUAUUUGGAAUUCAGUGUCAGGUUGCCUGUUUUCAGGACAAGGGGAGUCUGGUCACUGUGAUCCUCUUUCCCUUCCAACCCAGCUUUGGGAACUCAAAGAAUACCUAAUCCAUCCUCUGUCCCUGCACCCCUCCUCAAGAGUCUUGCUCAUACACUGCACUCCAUGCUCAGUGGUCAUGACUAUCCACUGGAAAGCAGCAUUCGUGGUUUUCCUGUAAAUAAAUGAUCCUGUUAUCUACCUGGUAAUGCUCUGUUCCCAGCACCUCCGUGCCACAGCAUUGCACUGGGUUUAGGGCAGCCAAGAGUGGAGAAGAGACUUGUAUGAUACUGUAUGAUAUCUCUUAUGUGCAACUUAAAAACAAUACAAAAGAAUACACGUGCAAAACAGAAACAAACAAGCAAAAAAAAAAAAGAAAAAAGGUUUAGGGGCUUCACUGGCGGCUCACUGAUAAAGAGCCUGCCUGCCAGUGCAGGGGGUGUGGGUUCAAUCCUGGCUCAGGAUGACCCUCUGCAGGAGGAAGUGGCACCCCACUCCAGUAUUCUUGCCUGGAGAAUCCCAUGGACAGCGGAGCCUGGCAGGCUACAGUCCAUGGGGUCUCAAAGAGCUGGACAUGACUUAGCAACUACACAGAUACAGAAAACAAACUAAUAGUUAUCAAAGGAGAGACAGAAGUGUGAUGGGACAAAUUAUGUGUAUGGGAUUAAGAAAUUAAAAAUCAUUUAUAAAACAGCAACAAAUUUAUAUUGUAUCAGAUAAAGAAUUAUAGCCAUCAUUGUAUAAUAACAUUUGGUAGAGUAUAAUCUGUAAAAUACUGAAUCACUGUGCUGUACACCUGAAACUAGUAGAAUAUUGUAAAGCUACUGCAAUUAAAAAUUAAAAAAGGUGAAUUUUCCACAGAAUUGUUAAGAUUGUAUUUUCUGGAUGGUACAAACCACCAGAUGUUUAAUAAAGGGAGUAUCUAUGAAAGUGAUUUGUAUUAUUUAUGAAAAUGGUCAGUCAGGUGUGGCUACAAGAAAAAAGGAAAACAGUGAUGCUCACAAAUCCUGGAAACACAUGGGAAAGUUAUCAGGGUAGUCAUGAGACAAGGCAGGAGUGGGGAGUGUUCAGAACACUGUCUGUGUUGCGGUUCUGUGGGAAAGGCCUGGCAGAGUGGGGUAAACAACUAGGAUUGCUUGCUUUGAAUAAUUUUGGACUUCAUGCUAUAGGGGUGGCCUCUAGUUGCUUGGUGCUUGGUGCUGUGAUGAUGAAGAAAGAGAAACAUUGCCUCCAGGGGUGUUCAGCCAUGUGGAGGAUGUGUGGCUCUUGAUUGUUCAGUUUGCUUUCACACAGAAGCAGGACACAUUUGAGUAUCACAUGAGAAGCUAGUAUAUUUUGCUAUAUGAGAAAGAAAUAGUCACUUGCCUGCUUAACCACAUCUGCCAUGUCACUUUGGCCAUGACCUCUCUGGCCAUUGAUAUGGGCCUGGGGACUAGAAAUAAAAAUGUCAGUAAGGGCUUGCAGGCUUGUAGCUAUUAUGAACCAGUGGCCUACCUGAGAUGAAUUCCCUUCAUUUCAUAAACAUUCCUGAACAGGAGGUGUCUGGUGGGGGAGCAAAGCGGAUCGUGUCCCUGUGGUGCAAACAAGCACGUGGUAACAAACUGUACCUCUCAGUUUAAUGUUUCUUUCCAUUUUGCCAGGGCAUCCUACUAGAUGAUGAAGCAUAAUUAGGUUAAUUAAUUACCGUAUAACUUGUUUUUCUCUUAGCAAUUGAAGGCAGGGAUAUACUUACCAUUUUACCCCAGGAUGUAGCAGAAUAUAUUGCACAUGAUAGUUACCUAUUUUAAAAGAAUAAAAAUUAAUUUUAAAAAGCAAAAAAAAAAAAAAAAGUGAGUGAUCCAAAUGCCAAAAUGAGAGAAAACUUACAGAUGUUUAACAAAAGUAGGAAAAGCAUUUUUCUCUGGUGCAGAAGACAAAGAACUUAGAGAAACAAGUGUCACUGCACAAAGGAGCUGGAAGCUGGGAAACAUGAAGGAAGCUAGUAACACAGCGUCUAUCAGUCACUGGCCUGGAUUUACAAUCAUAGCAACAGAAAGAGUAGAAAUGGAAGAGAGAGUUAAAAGUCGAAGAAGCUCACCAGGAUCAGGAUGACGUGUGUGGCUCUGGCAUCAUGGGAAGGUCUGGGGAAAUUCCGUUGCUGUGAAUGUGUUGGACCUGCUGCUUGUGCCUGUGAAGGACACAGAUCGUGUACCCACUAGUCCAGAUCAUGACACCCAAACAAUAGCAUCCAGUUAAGAAAAUCCACAUAACAUCUGCAUCUAAUAUCUGACAGAGUAUCUGUCAGACAUGACUGAGGAACUGUAUCCAAAAUUUUCUGAAUGGAGCCCUCCAGAGAGCUCCAUCACAUGUACACAUGUACUGGUGGCAUUACUGUAAAUAAAGUGUGCGAUCUCCCAUUGUUAA